AUGGCUGGCAUCGGCGCUAUUAUUGGCCCUCGCGUGGUUGACUCUGGAAGACGCCAAAGGGCCUUCUCACACUGUGGCGUGGCUAAGCCACGGUUCAGCAGGGAUCAGCCCAUCGUGGUUCCAGUCGUGAGUAAGGAACCAAAGCCAUGCCAGCCUGCGGGUAAAGGUUUGGCGCGUCGAAGUGCCAGCGGGAGGCAUAGGCGAUCACCUGAACACCUCAGACGCAAGGCCCAGAAGGGGAUGCCAGAACCAGGUGGAGGCCGUCGGCGGCAGGGGCUAGGCUCGUGGCCCACCUGCGGGCAUCGCACUCACAAGGUCGCCGUGCGCACGAGGAGACUUCUCCAGCUUCUUUGGGCGUCGCGCUUGGCCUGCAAGCAAGCCGUGCAGGAGACAUCCGCAGGGCCGGCAAUGACAGAGCUCCCAAAAACCAGGCCAGUCUUUCAGCUCAGGAACUCAAGAGCCCAAGGCACGAACAAGGUGGUUGGACCAGCGAGGAGCACGCCCGGACCCAGCAUGGCCCAAGGCCCUGAUUGCUCAUUUGGCGCCUCGCUUCAGCCUUUCCUCGAGUCGGUCCAGGCUCCUCCGGUCCAGCAGAGUGCCACGCCUCUUCAAGGAGCUCCAAGCCAUGGGCAGGCCAAGGCAAAUGCGCACAAUGCGCCAACAAACAGCGUGCCAGGGGAGCAGGCAAUCUUGGAAGCUGAAGCAGAGGCGCCAAGUGUGCUCCGACGCCCAGGUGAUGCUUUGGAAGGAUGGCCGGCCAAAGAGGCAGCUGAAGCCGAGGAAAGUAUGCAGGAACCACAUCUUCACAGAGCUCCAGAAGCCAAAGAUGCUUUGCCAGGGCUAUCAGCUGAAGGGCUGGCCAAAGAAGCAGAGGAACAUGCUCACAGAGCAGCCAAAGAUGCUUCGCCAGGCGCAGGGGCAGCUGAAGCAGAGGCACGUGCUCGCAGAGAGCAGGCGGAUGCUUUGCCAGGCGAAGGACGGCCAGCAAGAACAGCCGCUGAAGCAGAGGCACCGCGUGUUCGCACGGCACCGCCUGCCAAAGAUGUGGCCACAGGCGGGCCGACAAGAACGGCAGCUGAAGCGGAGGCACAGCGUGUUCGCAGACCAUCGUCUGCCAAAGAUGCAGCAACAGGCGGGCCAACAAGAGCGGCAGCUGAAGCAGAGGCUCUGAGUGUUCGCAGAGCACCGUCUGCCAAAGAUGCCGCGACAGGCAGGCCAACAAGAACGGCAGCUGAAGCAGAGGCACCGCGUGUUCGCAGAGCACCGUCUGCCACAGAUGCAGCGACAGGCGGGCCAACAAGAGUGGCAGCUGAAGCAGAGGCUCUGAGUGUUCGCAGAGCACCGUCUGCCAAAGAUGCCGCGACAGGCAGGCCAACAAGAACGGCAGCUGAAGCAGAGGCACCGCGUAUUCGCAGAGCACCGUCUGCCACAGAUGCAGCGACAGGCGGGCCAGCAACAGUGGCAGCUGAAGCAGAGGCUCUGAGUGUUCGCAGAGCACCGUCUGCCAAAGAUGCCGCGACAGGCAGGCCAACAAGAACGGCAGCUGAAGCAGAGGCACCGCGUGUUCGCAGAGCACCGUCUGCCACAGAUGCAGCGACAGGCGGGCCAGCAAGAGUGGCAGCUGAAGCAGAGGCUCUGAGUGUUCGCAGAGCACCGUCUGCCAAAGAUGCCGCGACAGGCAGGCCAACAAGAACGGCAGCUGAAGCAGAGGCACCGCGUAUUCGCAGAGCACCGUCUGCCACAGAUGCAGCGACAGGCGGGCCAGCAAGAGUGGCAGCUGAAGCAGAGGAACCACGUGCUCGCAGAGCACUUGAUGCCAAAGAUUCUAUGCCAGGCCGUGCUGGACACCACGGCAUAGAAGAGGCACCACUCGCGCGCAUGCCAAGAGCCGCGGAUGCUUUGCCAGGAGGGCAGGCAAGCCCAGCAGAUGAUGUGGAGGCACAGCUGACACCACGCUCGCGUACAUCAUCAAAAGACCAAGGUGCUCAACCAGGCUGUGAAGAAGCCAAGGCAAACGAGGCAUCGGGCAUGCGCGCAUGGCCCGCAGCCACCAAUGCCAUGCCAGGACCUGAAGCACCACAAGCUACUCUCCGGCGCGCAAGUGCUGAAGGCGUAGACAGACGCAUCCAAGUGCCCACUGUGCAGGGGAUGGAGCGAGGCCCAGACGCUGCGAAGCAGGAGCCGCUCGCAAAGAAGGCUGAAGUCAGCCAACGAGGGCCCUCUCUGAGAAGCAACUCCACAUCGUCACGGCAAGGCAGCACGCGAAAAGCGAAUCAAGGAAGCUUGGCUGAGAGGACGCCAAGGACGGAUCGCUUUGCUCAUUGGGCAGAUGCUACCUGGAAGUUGGCGCACACAGGCUACGGCCAGCCCUGGGCUGGGCUGCUUCCCUCCGUUCCAAAGCAAGGGCUGGAGGCCAUCGAUUUGGAGAACAUGCAGGUGUUUUGCGAUCCUGCCCUUCUACAAGGUAUGCAGGUUCCUGAGCUGUCCUCAAGGGCGAUGGGCACAGCAUUCUGCGACAGGAGUGUUCGUCUACGGGACGGUUGUGCUGUGCGGGCGCUGCUGCAGCCGGAUCCAUUGGAGGAGACAGCUCAGGUAGGCUGCGAAAACGAGAGGAUGAUGCCACCUGCAGGUCUGAGGAGUUUCGAAUUUGCGGAGAAUAAGCAGCAGGAGCCGCGGGAGUGGCUAUGGUGCAUGCCUUUGUACCUUCGGUCCUGUCAGCUGGCGAUGCCGCUGCGGACGAAAUGCAGUUCCGGCGAGCGAUGA